AGGCUAGCCCCAGGUCAGGGCUCCUCGCGAGCACGGAUGGAAACGGUACCCGGGGUGCGGCGGUACGUGGGGCGGAGGCUUCUCCUGCAGCUGGGCUCGGCUGCAGCCGGCACAGCCGCGUCUAGGAGGCAGCCUGGGCUGAUUGGCACCUUCCUGGGAGUCCAAGGGUCAUGCUGAGGCAGCCGGGCGCCUGACAGGCAAGGGGAACCUGCCAAGGGAUUACCGCUAGCAGGAGCUAAUGGCAAGACGGCAGGACGGCUGGCCCCUGAGGAGCGGGGAUGGGCAGAGCAGCCUCUGAGUUUGGGCCAGCAGCACCAGGAAGGAGGCCUGGGCUCUGGCUGGGAGCCUGGCACACGCUCUGCUGACCCAGAUGACCCAGACUGCGUUCAAAGCAGCACGCCGCUGAGCCGCACCUGUGCCCAGGCCCCAGGACUCCAUCGCUGCAGGAGCUCUGCACCCCCUUAGGAAACUGUAGUGGGGCUGGGAACAUCGGGAGAACGGACCUGUACCUCGAUGGGAAGUGGAAGGACAGAACCUAACGCAAGGAGGAUCUUGGCCUCUGCAGCAGGGUUUUGUGACACCCCCAGGGCGUCCUGGUUUCUUCCCUCAGGGUUGGGGCCCGGGUCCCCUCCCCUGGCAGAAGGGUUGGGGCCGGAGGACCAUCUGAGGGGUGGCUGCCUCUUGCAUGGAAUCAAGGCUGCUUGAAGCCCACAUGUCCUCUGUUGCGAUUGGGGUUCAAGGACUUCCCUGCUGCAGGGGGCGAGGGGCUGCCUCGGUGUCUGCUCAUGAACCACAAGGUCCUCGACUACUCCAGACUGGAUCAUUUCAAGCCGCCAAAGAGGGGGACCCCCAGCGCUGGCAGCCAGCAAGCCCGAUGGACUAGAAGGCUGGAAUGGACUGACCUCCCCCUUGCCAGGGCAGCGGGAGAGGCAGAGCAUCUGUGGCCCAGCUAGUGACAGAGGGACCCAAUGAAGCCAUAAGCAGGGGCCCAAGUGGCUCAAGGACAGGGGAGCCACUCUUGCCCACGUGCUUUCUCCUGACCUUGAGAUCGGGCGUGGCCUGGGACGCCUGCUGCCAUCUGCUCUGCAGCACACGCCCUUAUGCCCUAGAACAGGCAGGCCUGCCAGUGGCUGGGAAAGGAGUGGCCGCAGGGACACCGGCCGCCCUCCGGGCUGGUGGUCCAGCCUCCCGGGGCCUCGCACCAUGAAGUGCUCCCUGCGGGUGUGGUUCCUCUCCGUGGCCUUCCUGCUGGUGUUCAUCAUGUCACUGCUCUUCACCUACUCUCACCACAGCAUGGCCACCCUGCCCUACCUGGACUCGGGGGCGCUGGGGGGCACCCACCGGGUGAAGCUGGUGCCUGGCUAUGCCGGCCUGCAGCGCCUCAGCAAGGAGGGGCUCGCUGGCAAGAACUGUGCCUGCCGCCGCUGCAUGGGCGACGCCGGGACCUCCGACUGGUUUGACAGCCACUUCGACAGCAACAUUUCCCCUGUCUGGACCCGAGAGAACAUGGAUCUGCCCCCUGAUGUCCAGAAGUGGUGGAUGAUGUUGCAGCCCCAGUUCAAGUCACACAAUACCAAUGAGGUGCUGGAGAAGCUCUUCCAGAUAGUACCAGGCGAGAACCCCUACCGUUUCCGGGACCCCCAGCAGUGCCGGCGCUGUGCUGUGGUGGGGAACUCGGGCAACCUGCGGGGCUCUGGCUAUGGGCCAGAUGUGGACCGGCACAACUUCAUCAUGAGAAUGAAUCAGGCACCAACUGUGGGCUUUGAGCAGGAUGUUGGCAGCCGAACCACCCACCAUUUCAUGUACCCUGAGAGCGCCAAGAACCUGCCCGCCAACGUCAGCUUUGUGUUGGUGCCCUUCAAGGCCCUGGACCUGCUGUGGAUCGCAAGCGCCCUGUCCACGGGACAGAUCCGAUUUACCUAUGCUCCAGUGAAGUCCUUCCUUCGAGUAGACAAAGAAAAGGUCCAGAUCUACAACCCAGCCUUCUUCAAGUACAUCCAUGACAGGUGGACAGAGCAUCACGGGCGGUACCCUUCCACAGGGAUGCUGGUGCUCUUCUUUGCCCUGCAUGUGUGUGAUGAGGUGAACGUGUACGGGUUCGGGGCUGACAGCCGGGGCAACUGGCACCACUACUGGGAGAAUAACCGGUACGCGGGCGAGUUCCGGAAGACCGGCGUGCACGACGCCGACUUCGAGGCCCACAUCAUCGACAUGCUGGCCAAGGCCAGCAAGAUCGAGGUCUACCGAGGCAACUGAGAAAGGUCUGCCCGCGACUCUUUCCGCCCGCCGCCCAGCGCCUCUGCGCGCUUCGGCUCGGGACCCUAGACCAGCCCCUGGGUGGCGACUUCCGCCUGCGCGCGUCGCCGGGCGUGGGGCGUCUCCGGGCAACACUGAGCGCGCCCGGCCGCGGUUGGACCAAUCAUGUUGCAGCCCAGCGAGCGCCGGCUGUUCCCUGCCAAUCACAAGACUGGGCCUGGCACCCAAUCAACGCGGCGGUCGGGCGAAGUCUCUGUUUGUCUCAGUCAAUCGUGCCCCUCAACUCGAGUCGACUUCCGGCGCUGGGCCCGUCUCCUCCAAUCAAUGGCCUUCGGGGCGAACCGGCCGACCCAACCCCUACAGCCCUAGGCUCUUGGGUAGGAUUUUGGUUCACGCUUUUUAAAGAGAAGAGGUGGCUUCUGGCCUCGGAGAAGUACUGUCUGCAGGCUGGGUCGGGACGCCGAGAAGGAAAGGGAGAGGCGGGCCGGGCCGUGGCGGCUCGGCUUCCCCUUCCCGGGGCCCCGCGUGGGUCCAGGAACGGUCCAUGUGACUUACGGGAGUGGGAAGGGGGAGCUCUCUUUGACCUUAGAGGCAAAGCCGGAACCCUCCCACACCUCUCCAGGCUUCCGAGAGAAUGUCAGGCCCCACAUUUCUUUUAUUGUCUAGUCCGAGAUGGGUGUUAACCCACCAAAGAAAGGCAGUGAGAAUCCAGAGGGCGAAUGGCCCUCACCCGACCGCCCCUCCCUCCCCGCCUUUGGCCACCCUAUGGAAUGGCCUUUCUGACCAGGGCAUCCAGUGUCUCACCAGAAAACGAACUGUGCUCACCCUUUGCUUAGGGACGGGGUUCGCCCAGGGCCCAACUUGAACUUGGGUGUAAGGAACUGGGCGGGGGACCAGGAAGCCCCCUCACGUCCAAUGUAAGGUGCUUCUCACUCACGUGUACCCUAGGCCCCUACUGUUCGCUACAACUUCUAGUGUCUCCUUAGGCCCUGGGCCUCCUCACCAGCCUACUUGCUCUAGAAAAAAAAAUCAAAACAUGCCCUGGGAUGGAUUAGGGCGCUGCUGCUUCUCUCUCUCUCUCUCUCUCUCUCUCUCUCUCUCUCUAUCGCACAAACACGUCUUCGGCUGGCUCAAGGGAGAGGGAGCAACUGGUGGCAAAGACGGCUGGAGAUGGGGAGCCCAGCUGCCUGGUGCAUGCACCUUCUUACCUCACACAUCACCCCAAAGAGGAGUAAGAAGCCUCUUGCUUGGGGGUGGUUUUUGCUUUGGGCUCAUCAUUUAGUUAACCUACAAUGACCAGGUAUGGCUGACCAACACAAACUCUGUAAAAAUCCCAAGCUGGCCGUGGAAAUAGCCGGGAGCCUAGCUGGGGAGGAGUAGACUUGUCCCCCUGCAUGCCUCCUCCCCUGCCCAUAGGUCCCUUUCCGCCGGCUCACCUCUUGCCUUCUCGCUCUCACUUUCCAUUUCCAGCUCCGGAGUGGGCUGGGAAGCUAACAACCAGGGAUUACAACUGGAAGCUACUACCUGCAUGAUUGAACCCAGCUUAACCCCCGGGAGGAAGCUGCGGGUGGUAUUCAGCCUUCAAGGUCAGGGGAUUUUAGGGGGGACAAGAGCUUCUGUGAAGCUUCCAAACCACUGAAAGGAUCCCCACUAUCCAGCAGUGACAACACACAUGCCAUCCAUUUUCUUAGUGAGUUGGUAACACCAGGCAGCCUCCUGGCUGUGGGUGUAGUUCCUGCAGCCGGCUGGGGGAACGGUAACCAGAAGAGUAUUAGAGGAGGCUUGGGGUGGAGCAGUGGGCACCCCCAAAAGUUAAUAUAUGGAGAAUUUAGCUUGAGUCUGUACCUCCCUAAUUCCCAAAGUAAGUGAAAUAAAGAAUGGGGGUGGGUUGGGGGAAGUAGGGGUUUGAUGGAUUGGCUCCUCCCACCGUUCUGGAGAGCCAGGGCACCAGCCAUUCUUGCCAGUUUCAUCUCAGUGCUUCCUGAAGAGGCUGUUUUGAGUGUUUAGAAGAUGAAAAAAAAAAAAAACAAUGCAAUUAUGCCAAACAGUAUUGAGCAGAAUAAUUUAUUUUGUUUUUCUUUGUUUGUUUAAAACAAUAAUAAACCCCCAUUCUGGAAGAGGUAGGUCCCAGCAUCCAGCCCAGAUCUCCUUUUCUGCAAUAGUUAUUUAAACAAAUGUGUUUUUUUUGUAUUAUUUUCUUCCCUUUCUCUCUCUUUCUAAAUUAAAAAGGACAAAAAUACUA